AUGCAGGCUUCACCGAGCCCCUCUGAGGCUGGCGGAGGAUACGGAACGCGGAGAGGCCAUGUGCCUCAAUUAUCUAUUAGUGACCCGAGCCAUCAUGUCACGGAAGCCAUCGGGCAUAUGUACGAAGACGAUUACGACAGGCGGGAGUCCAAACGUCUCAGCUUCCUUUCUUCCCCACUCAGCGAAUCCAUCUCGAUAAUCCCUCCCAACCUCGCCGGAUCCGAAGACCCCGCCUCACCGCAGUCGCUGCUCGUACAAAAUCGCUCGAGCGCCGUGGAUAGUCCUCAGACGAAUGGACACUCACGGCCGCCACUGGCCUCCUCCAAGUCCUUUGAUCGGGACACCAGCAACCCGACAUCUCCCGGCUCGACGGACACGGCUACCACCUCUUUCCCUCUAAACGACGUCGACUACGAAUCCGAUCCUGCUGCUGUGGCUCAGGAGCUCAGUAACCUAGCUGCUAUCCGGCGGAUGUCUAUGGACGUGACAGCAACAGGAGAUCCCGACCUUCCAAGUUUCUCCGUACCGUCGAUAGCUCCAUCUCCUUCCGCCGACGAAAAUGACGCAUCUCGUUUAUUCUGGGUUCCAGCUCGGCUGCAUCCAGAGCUGGCUCCCAAGGAGUUUAAAUCCUUCCUCGAAACCAAGGCGGAACAGAUCAGACGAAAAUCGGGCGAAUUCUCGGGCUUCGAACACGAUGGGGCGGGCGGGUCGCUUCGCCGGAAAAAGUCCAUGUUGUCCCGACAGAUUGACACCUCCCAGGGUUACACGGAUGGGGCGGAGCGUCUCGAGCGGAAACGAUCGCAGUCGAAGAACAAGUCUCUGAGCCCGAAUCUGCUUCAGCUUGAAUCGUUAGUAGAUGACUCCAAGCAGCAAACCCCAAGCGCGGCGUCCUUUUUGGACGGAGUUCAGAAACUCACCAUAGAGGAGGAUGUCCCGAUUCUGCCUCCCGCACCCCCCGGGCACAGUCUCCGCCGCUCUACCCGAACACAGUACAGAAAAGCCGGUAGUUUGAGAAAAGGCGAAAAGGUUCCCUUCUCAAAGCGGACUGGUAGAGCAUCGGACACGAACGACCGAGUUUCUUCAAUCACUAGUUCAUCCGCGGACGAGCGCUCCUCAGGUCUCACGCGAGUGGCUACCGAUCCAACGCCUAGCACAAGGCGCGCACAGGCCGAUCCGCAGUACACCACGCAGACCGCUGUCAGCCCUUCUACACAGUUUGAGAAUAGCAGGGCGAAUGGCUGGCCGGAAACGAAUCCUGGAGACAGGACGAAUGCUUCUCAGGCACGCCACCAGUGGCACUCUCGCAUCAGCUCCAAUGGCCGCUCGACCUUGAAUAUCCCGCCCACCGAACAAAGGGUGCCGGAAAUUAUCGAGACGCCCCCGGCCGAAUCUCCGCCAACUCCCACGACACCCACGACACCCACAUACCACCACAGUUACAGCUCGGGGCGGGAGGCAUCGCAAGAUGCGCCGCCGACACUGCCUUCAAAGGAUUCGCCUCUUCGAGAUCCGAAUACAACCAAACGAUCCGGAGCCGCGCGGCAGUCCGGGAAGGAGAGCUCGAAAACUCUCAAUGACUUUGCGAAUAACCCACAACCACUCCCGGGAAAUACAACACGGACGGACAACCUCUCAUUCAUUCCUACAAUAUCGGAAGACCGCAAGCCCGAGCCCAAAAAGUCCAAAGACAAGAAAGAUUCGGAGGGUGGUCGCAAGUCGAGUUGGCACUGGUUGCUGGGCUCUGAGGAGAAGGAGAAGGAAAAGAAAAAGGACAAGGACAGCGAUUCGAAGAAAAGCAAAUCGAAGUCGGCGGAUAAGGUUCAUGAACCGGCACACCCUGCCUCAUCCAACGAUAUCAGUCCGCGCGGGCGCGAAAGUAUCACCGUGGAUCGGCUCGACCCUAAACUGGAGGAGGAGCGUCGGAAAGACCACGUCCGGCGCACAUCGGGGGAGUCCAAGAAGGACAAGGAAUCCGGCCUGUUUUCAUCGAUUUUCGGCGGUGGGAGGAAGAAGAACAGUGGAGAUGGCCAUCACAAGAAGAGCUCGUCGCGGACAUUGUCCCCUGACCCACCCGUUCGCGAGCUACGGCCAGAUGUCGAUUAUCCGUGGACACGAUUCUCGAUCCUCGAAGAGCGAGCCAUUUACCGCAUGGCUCAUAUCAAAUUGGCCAAUCCCCGCCGAGCACUCUAUUCUCAGGUCCUGCUCAGCAACUUUAUGUACUCUUACUUGGCCAAGGUUCAGCAGAUGCAUCCUCACAUGAUGAUGACGUCGUCGGCAUCGCAAAAACAGCAACCUUCAAGGGAUCAGAACGAUGAGUAUUCACAGUACCAGAAAUACCAAGAAUCUCAGCAGGAACAGUACAGCGAUAGUUCCUACGAUGAUCCUCAGAUGUACGAGUACGGCGACGACCAGCGCGAUAAUUACCGGCCACAUUCAAGGGGUAGUAAGUACGAAAACGGGAAUGUAUAUGGUCCUGGACAUCAUCAAUAUGGGCAUUCAACGUUUGGCGAUGACGUCCAGCUGGACGACGAUGAUGACGAUAUGUGGUGA